AUGACCGGUAAUCCUUCGAUCUUCCCCUCUCCCUCUGCAAAGCGUGCAAGUCCUAUCUCGUCUCUCUUUGUUUCUCCAAAGCUCUGUGUGGGUCUCUCUCCAAAAGCCUUUUCAGACUCUGAAGCUAGCAUGAGCCCAACUUCCAUUCUUGAGACCAAGCCCUUCUCUGUAAUUAACAGACCUUUGUUUACUGAAAGAAACCAUAGAAAGCCUUACUGUGGCAAUGAAGACUCGAGACCAAUAGGCCUCGGCUUAGUUGAUUCUCUCACAAAAGAUACCUCUGAGAAGAAAGCCUUAAACCAGAGUAGUAGAAUGGUACUAUUUGGAUCACAGCUUAAGAUUCAGAUCCCCUCUGUGAAAUCCUAUUCUUGUUCAUCUACUGGGUCUGUUGAGUCCCCUCGUACUCCUAUUGAAUUUGGAAUAAAGAACAAGAAUUCACAGCUAGCUCUGCACUCUCCUGCUGGUUUGCGCUGUGAGACGAAGCCUUCUUCUCCAAGAAUUUUCACAGGGUGUCUUUCUCCAAGGGAGAUGGAGCUCUCAGAGGAUUACACUUGUGUGAUCUCUUAUGGACCAAAUCCUAAAAAGACUCAUAUCUUUGACAAUUACAUUGUUGAGAGCUGCGGUGAUGGUUUCGUGCCAUCGAGCAAGGAAAACAUUUUGUUAGCUGAUCAGAAAUCUGGAUGCCAUUGA